UUUAAAUAAUUUUGUUAUGGCGGUUGCAACACAAAACUUUAUAUUUUUAAUACUUAGGUAAAAUACCUAAGUCAUUUAUAAAUACAAUUUUUUUCACAACAAUGAGUAUAUAGACUUAAUUCAAAAUGUCUAACAAUAACUGGAAAAAGAUUGAAAACGAGGGUGGUUACCCGUGUUAUGUUGACGAGACAAGUGGAAACCGGCAAUAUGAUCAUCCUGAAUUUCAGAAAAUUAUGGAGGCUCUCACGGAAUACGAUGGUAUUAAAUAUAGUGCAUACAAGAUUGCAUUUAAAAUAUUUUCUUUGCAAAAGUAUUUACUAGUGCCACCACUGCGUAUCAGUUCCGGAGUAUUUGCUCGUCACCAACUUAGCUUGUCAGAAAGUAGCCUGUCUUUAGACACAGCUGAGUUGGAAGCAGUACUAGCUGAUAUAUACUUUGCAGCGGAGAAAGAGGGUCUCUUCAGCGGGGAUGUGGACUUAGUUGUAGACUUGUUGAUCAAUUUGUUGCUCAAUGUUUAUGAUAAAGAUAGAAAAGAACCAGUGAGAGUAUUGUCAGCAAAAACACUGCUGAUUGUGCUCAGUACGGAGUCGGCGGCCGAUAAAUGGGCGGCUCUUGCUAAUUGUUGCGCUGACCAUAAUGGUUGCGUGUCUCCACGACGGUUAGCGGCCCUCUUGGCCCAUGUGACAGCGCUACCGCAGUACCUUGGAGUACCCUGUGACCAGCUGCAGGCUGAUGUUGAUGCUUGCUUUGAAAAGAGCGCGGGUAUGCUCGGCGUAAGUACACGCGCAGUGGCCGAGUGGGGGGUAGUGAAUUGUGCAAGCACGCGAUGGCUACCGGCCGUGCAGCGAGUAGUGUGCAGCAGAAACAGCGCUAACGUGAGCGCUGUGUGCGCUGCGUGUACGCAGCCUCUUAUACAGGUGCUCAAAUUCAAAUGCAGCAAGUGCACUGAAGUGUACUUGUGUGAGAAAUGUUAUUUGUACGACAAGGACUUGUCUGCAGUCAGUGGACAUAAGAAGACUCAUUUGGUGCAUGAAAUAAUUGAUGGAGAGACGAAGCCUUCAGAGUGCCUUAGUUUUAUUAAGGGAAUGAAGCGUUUCUUCUUUUGCACGAGGACGAGAAAGAAAAAGAUUUCGAAAAAGAACCCAAAAAAGAUGAUAGAUAAAGUCGACAAUUCAGUACGAAGAAAGCGCGACAGUAGACCUGUCAUAUUUACGUCAACAGUUGGCAAGGCUUCGGGAAAUGCAGUUAACAAUCCCGCUGUCAUGUUGCAGGAUAUUAUAACUCAGUUGGAAUCUCAGAACAAGGCACUAGAAGAUCUCUCAUCCCAAUUGCAAUCAAUAUCAAAAGAUUCAGAAGACAUUAAUCUAAAGGAUAAAGUAGAAACACACUGGCAUCAGAUAUCUACGCAAAUUAACAGGCUCAAGAUAUUAAAGGAAAAUCUGUCAUCAAACAUACAAAAUGUACCUCCCGAGGCUCAGAAACCAGAGAAAACUGAGCGCCCUCAGGCUUUUGAUCUAUUCAGUCCAAUACCAAUAGAGGAAAAACAAUCCAAAGUAGCAGAAUUUAAGAACCAGCCCCGGGUCUUGAGCAUGGAUUCUGGAAACUUCUCAGAGGUGUCGAAGCAUACUGAGAGUCUGAAAUUGAUGACGAUGUCUGGAGAUGCUCUUAAACCAGUGGUGAUUCAUGCCACAUCAGACAGCAUAUCUACUGUGUCUAUGAACGAUAUUAGCAAUUGGUAUAAUGAAACAGAAUCUGUAGGAGACAAACGUGGCCAGCAACCUGAUAAGCUAGCAGGCAAAAACCAAUCACUGUCUGCCACAGAGCAGAAGUACGCCGCUGACAUCCGGAGCGUGGCGUCUAGUAACGACAAGAUGAAGGAACUGAACGCCGACCUCGACACGGUGUUGGACCGGUUACAGCAGAUACUCACCAAUAAUUUUGCUGUCGAUGAUUCGUGUUUUGAUAACACGCAAUUGCGCGAAACGGCAAACGAGAUGGAAGGCCUGUUGGGAACCUUAAUACGAGGAGUGGAGCAGAGAGCCACGCUUAACGCUAACAAGGGAUUGGUAUGAAUGUAGAAGAAUAUAUGCUAGUAUAGUACUAUAGUCUAUUUCAAUAGAAUUCAUUAAAAAUGUAAACAAAUUAAUAAUUGAAGCGAUCAAAACAUAUCCAUGUUGAUAUUCAAUAAUAGUACCAACAAAAAUCUAUUAAAACUAAAUAAAUGUUUGUAUUUGUUACUAAUUUGAAUUAGAAAUUGGUUCUCUGAUAAUUUUAAUAAUACUUGGUUGUAUUUUUAUUAAGAUAUAUUGAAAUAGUUUAUAUUACUUUUGUAAGUUGCAUCUUAAUACAGUGGAUUUUUUAAUGUGCUUAAAUGAUUUAGUCAAUUUGCUUAUUUUUUUUUAAUGUAUUUUUUGAGUGUUACGUUAAAAAAAUAUUUUAAAAUCGUGUACAGAAUUUGUGAAUGAUGUUUGCUCAUAAAGAUACUGAGCAUUUUUUUUUAUAUAGUGUUCAAGACUAUUUAAUAUCUAUUGAUUGAUAAAGAGAGAAAAUAAUAAUAUUAACCAUUUGCACUCCAGCAAGUACAGACUCGUGAUGUAAAAGAAAAAUGGAGUCGUUGAUAUAAAAUAAAACAUUUAUUUCUUAGCUAUUUUAUAAAGGGUGCUGAGUGUAUAAAACAGUGUCGCCGUAGCCGCGACAGCGGAGUGCAAAGGGUUAACAUUUCGUAUGAAUUAUGACAAAUAGUAAUUUGAAAAUGGAAUGUAUUUUUGAGUAAUUUUUAAUAAAGUGUGGUAAUUAAGAAUAUUUUUGCGUCUACAGAAAUGUAUUAUGAAUGUAUUGAAUACUCGAGUGUAACCACAUUAUGCAAUGUGUUGGCAUGUGUUACAAGGACUCGAAUGUGUGGUAGCUUAGGAUCUUUCUUUAUAAGUGUAUUGGGCUAUAAUAUGAUUAAAUGAAAUGAUAUUAUUAUCUUUAUUAAUAUUAUAAAUGUGAACGUCUCGUUGUCUGUUAUCCCUUGGCGAGUUAACGGUUUAAUCAGUCAUCAAAAAAUUUGGUGAAAAUUUGUGUGAUAUAAACCUGUGACGUGGACUAUGUCGCGGGGGAAAACUAGUUAUAAUUUCUGGCUGGUCUCAUAAUUCUACUUCAUGAUCUGAGACUUAUUGUAUCAAUAUAAUUUCCACUUUUUAUGACAUAAAAAUAAAAAAAGAAAUAUUAAAAAUAAAGUAAAAAGAAAAUACUAUACCUACUUGCCCAAUUUAUGAAUUAUAUAAUAAAAUAGCUGACCAUGAUAUAGAAAGUAAACCGUAAUUAGUGUUAUUAAAUAAAAAUAAAUAAAUAAAUAUGUAGGUAGUUUUAAAAUGUGCCGUCCCACUUGAAUCUGGUGCUCAGUGAUCGAUUUAAAUUUAGCUUUAUAUAGUUUUAAUAAUGAUUAGUGUGAUAUGAAAUUACGUUCCAAUACUCGCCUCGUGUGCUGUAUAAUUCUAGUUUAGUUAGGCCUUUUUUAUAUAUAUGAUUUGUUUUAUAAUCUUGCAUACGGUCCGCCUGGUGGUAAGCAAUCACAGCAAUCUAUGAACGCUUGCAACACCAGAGGCAUCACUUGCAUAUUGCUGUCUUGAGGGAGAAGUCCAUGGUGCUACUGAUGCUACAGGCGAUGGAUACCACUUACCAUUAGGUGGACAGUCGGCCUCUACUUACAACAAAAAAGGUUAAAAACCUGAUGUUCACGGCCUGCCUAAACGAGGGACUAUUUUGUUUGAGAAGGACAAAAUUUCCCAUCAUGUCAGCUACAAAGGUACUUGUGUAUCAAGUCAUUCUAGAUGUCUUUAUAACGGAUAAAAAGUACGUCACAGAUUGUCCCUCAUUUGCACAGUCUUAUCAGUGAAUGCUGGUUCAGUGAUGAAUCUCACCGUAAAGAUCUGUUUAGAAAUAAAAUAUAUAUUUAGAAAAAUAACAUGCCAUAUAUUUUUAUAAAAUUUACAUAUAUUGCCGUGUUUAUUAAAUAUAAAAAAAUACAUUAUAAAUUAGACAUUAAGCAUACUUAAUGCUCGCUACGCUAAGUAAUAAAUUGCUGUAUUUUAUUGGGCGUGUAACAAAAAAAAAAAGAUGUAAUAAAAUAUAGCAAUCUAUUUCGAUUUACGUCCUCAAAUGUGUCAACUUAAUUUUUUAAAUUCUAUGAACACUGUGUGUGACAGUCCUGGACCCAUUUUUCUAGAUAAAAAAAAAAACUAAGCUAUAAAAUUAUCUGCAUUCAGAACUAUGCAUAAGCAAUUUAGACUGUUUUACGCAGAAAUAUUGCUAUCUAAAAGUGACAUAUGAAAACAUUAAAUUGUAAGCAGCGCUUGUAUGUUACUUGUAUUACAACGCGUCAUAUUAAUACUCGCAUAGGGUCCUGACUUAAUAAUUAUAAUAUUAUGUAAACUGCCACUAGAAUCUCAAUAACCUUAUAUAAUUUAUUGUUUAUACAAUGCAAUAAAAAUAUAACAAAGCAAUUGGAUUGCUUCAGCACAACCUGUACUUAUCAUAUUCAUGUAUAAAUUUUAUGAAAUCUAUCUCUUAAUAUCCGAUUUAAAUAUAUAAUUUACAAAUGACAUAGAUUUGUCUAAAAUAUUAGUGUAAAAUCUACAAUAAAUGUUUAUAUAAUAA